ACAUGGCACCACACUCGAAUCGAACAGACUCCUUUACGAACGAAGACUCGAAAGGAAAACCAGACUUGACCAAUUCAACAACACCACCACGCAACGUAACAUGGAUCGAAGACGUCUCAUGGGACUCAAGUCUACAACCCAAGGACUACGAGAUCCAAGGCACUCACCCUGACUCGAAGAUUCUAUUUCUUAACGUCAAGAUUCUUGACUCAACAGGCCGAGAACCAUACCUUGGAGAUGUGCUGAUCGAAGUCCCUAAUGUCGAUCAGCUCAGCAAAGACUCCAAAGUUCGGGUCUUUCAUGGCCGAGAACGCACCCUGAUAUCAGGCCUAGGUGAUGCUCAUACACACUUCACCUGGAAUGGAGGAGAUCUCGAUCGCUUGGGAGAGCUUGGCAUAGAAGAGCAUACUCUUCUCACAAUGCGAGGCGCGCAAUGCUUCAUCGAUUCAGGAUACACCAUGGACGCCAUCAACGCAGGCGAUAUUCCAGGACCGAGAUACCUUGCAAACGGUAAGGAGAUGGCUCGAAGGGAUGGCGAACUGGUCGCAGGCAUUACUGCUUUCGCCGAUGGGCCUGAUGAGAUGCGCGAGGUCAUUCGCCAUCAUGUGGAUAUAGGAGUCGACAAUAUUAAGCUCAGCAUGUCCGGCGAAGAGAUUAGAUCGGCUCAAGAUUGCUACUUCACCGACGAAGAGACAGCGGCGUGCGUCGAUGAAGCACACAAGCAUGGAAAGCGACUUUGUGCUCACGCUCGAGCUCGAGAUUCGGCANUUCGUCACGGUGUUGAAGCCAUCUACCAUGCCUCCUAUAUCGAUGACGAAGGUAUGCAGAUGCUAGAAGCCGCAAAGACCAAGCACAUAGUAGCGCCAGCUAUCAACUGGCUGAUCGCCACACUCAACGAAGCUGAAGCUUUCGGCUACAGCCAUGCGCAAGCCGAGAAAGUUGGGUACAAACGCGAGCUAGACGCAGCCAUCACAGGCCUCAGAGAGAUGCAUCGUCGAGGCAUAGUAGUGCUUCCAGGUGGAGACUAUGGCUUUGCGUGGACACCGCAUGGAACGUAUGCUCGCGACCUCGAGCAUUUUGUGAACCUCCUCGGCUUCACACCGCAUGAAGCCAUCAUCGCUGCUACAGCUGGUGUUGCUAAAUUGAUGAUGCGUAGCGACAAUCUUGGCAAGAUACAACCAGGAUAUUUCGGAGACUGCAUUUUGGUAGAUGGUAAUCCUCUUGACGACAUUACCAUCUUGCAGGAUCACUCCAGACUGAACAUCAUCUGUAUUAACGGCAGAGUCCAUAAAGCUGGACGGAAGGAGUACGUGCCUCCUCCAAUUGGAGGA